UUGAAGGGAGUUCGGUCUUUCCAUCUUGGGACCGAAUAUCGGCACGCGGAAUGCGGCAUACCCAUGGAUGUUGCAGAAAGUCUCUGAGGGCUCUUCAUAAUGCCAGUCAUGGAAGGACAGCAUCGUCCAUCGAGUUCGGAGACAGAUCAAUAUGGCGGUGGACAGUGAUCACGUAUUGCGAGGCUUGUUAAAGACUUACACUAAAACGCCGGACGAGAAUGAGACCGGUCACCUCAACAGAGAUUUUAGAUCAGCCGUGCGACAGUUUGCAGAAGCACACAGACUGCCAUUCUCUCAAGACAACGCAGGGAACAUUUACAUUGUGCAGCCUGGCCAAGACAGCGAGCUUUCAGCAAUUGCCAUAGCCUUUCCACUGGACGAAGGACUGUCGCCAGACUCUUUUGAGGGAGCUUUCAAGACCUUCGAAUCCCUUCGGAAAGUCAAUCUGGGCUGCGACAUCACCUUGCUUGGUUGGACGUCCAUCGAAGGACGACUUGUAGGCCGGGACGUGUGGGAUCGGUCUGGGGUACUCUUUGCAAAGCCCACAACAGCCUCAAAUAUACCCCAGCUUGAGCAGUUCUCCAGCUUACCAGAGGGAUCCACGUUUCCACUGUCAGCCGUCUUCGAGGUGGUGGAAGGUCAGGCAGCGACUGUGAGGAUAUCUGGCAGUCCAGUUCUUCUUCCCAAGGUUCAGAAGAAUGCGUCAGGGUCGGAAGCAUCAAUAUCAACGAGGAAGAUUCUGCGUGCUCCAGAAGUCCGCAUUGAGGGGGUAUCUGCUGUGGACGUAGCUGCUGUAACUGUGCAAGAGUACAGCGUUUACGUGGCCGCACUGUUUGAAAACUUUGACUGAGGCGAAUCUCCAUAGAAUGCCCUUCACGUAAGAUACCCAUCGAAGGAGGAUACAAUCUCUCCGGGUCUUUCGGGCUCUUUUCAGCAGAAUGGAAGUACUAUAAGUAUAAGAACGUCAGUACAGUACAGGACGCGGC